CCCCUUUAAUUUCUGUAUGUACUCGUCGUCAUUAGGGUGAGGGAAAAAAGUCUUGGCUGUGCUGUCCCCAAUUGUGGACGCCCUCUCUUUUUUGUUGUGCUCACUUACUUUACCUUGUUUUGAAUGGCGAAACGUCAAGAAACACAAUCACGGCCCCAAGAACAACUGCUGUCCGACAAUAAUAAAACACCAAGCUUUGCUUUCCGUAUCCUUCAACUAUCGUGGGCGCGUGUAAAAGUCUCAAGAGAAACGAUCGUCUAUACAACCGCCAUUGCCAUUUCAACUGUUCUUGGAAUCAUACUCGAAGCAUUCAUUGCAGUUGCUCAUGAAGACGCUACUCGGAGUGUUUGGCGGUCUAUCGGCGACGAUGGUUUAGGGCCCAAUUCACCAUUAAGUCGUCCGGACGAAUCUGGCAACAGCUACAUGUCUGUUUUGAUCAGUUUAAAGCGACUCAAGGAUGAAAACGUCUUUUUCGUUCUAUUUCAUGUAUUUCAGUUUUACCUUGGUAUUGACGCUGUAAGUGUUUGUAUUGUUAUUGUGCGGCAGAGUAUCAUUCAAUUGAUGGCGCAUGCUGCUAACCAGCUCAUCUGUGUGAUCUUGGCGCUCGUCCAACUGAGCGAGACACUGAAAUGGAACGGCAGUGUGGAUUCCGUGGACGAAACAACAGGCCAAACAACGGACCGUAGUGCUUUCGGCAAGGCACUUCGGUUUGAGAUAGCUUUAGCCGCAUUGAUGGCCGUUUUGACCGUCAUUUUUACCUUUUUAUGCGUCAAGCUAUUACGUCAGUUUGGAUGGAAUGUCUACAAACGAUUAGGAGCCGAUCCAAGACUUCAAGCACGAUUUCGCCAAUGCCAAGUGUUUUUGCUCAAUCUCAAGCUGGACGGCUUUUUCCAUGUUGUUUUCUCUAUAUUUUGGAUCGUUGUCAUGACGCAAGAGGGAUACCACCGUGGUAGUGCCGCUGCUAUCACCUGGUACGUGCUACAUUUUAUUCUCACCAUCAUCCAGAUCCCGUUUCCCUUUAUUGCACGGUAUGGCAUCGUCACAGAAAAACCUCGGUUCAUGGUUGCAUUUUUGGUUGUCCACGGACUCCUUGCUGUUGAUUUUAUAAUUAUACUGCAACAAAUGUGCCUGGCAAUCAUCCUGUCCAUCACUACUAUUGUCUUUGGAAGUUUGGUUACACAUAAUUUCGGACUAGGAUUAAAGCCGUAUGUACAACGAAUGUUUGACAAAAACUAUCGUUACAAGUUCGAUCCAGGCGCCAAUCCGACUUUUAUCAACUAUGGCUCGUCAAAUCAACGCGAAAGCUCAUGGGUUAUUGACGAAGAUGAUGAAUCAAUUGCAUAAUCCACCACCGCUAAACAGUGUUGGUGUUUCGGGACAAUAAUCAGAGUCAGAUGUCGCCAACAAGUUUCUUUCUACAUUUUAUGGACUCAAGCUAUCAUUAGUAUUGGUA